GGUCUCUAUGUAUCUCUAUGUGUCUCUGUGUAUUUCUGUGGGUCUGUAUGGAUCUGUAAUGUGAACGUGAUGAUGAUGAGCCGCUAUUAUUUGUGAUGGUCCCAGGUGGCUUCUAAAAUUUGAAUUUAUUAGCUCAGUGGUAGCGUUACCCGGUGAGAAAAAAAUAUGUGUAUUUUACAAACGCGUUUUUUUGUCGUUGUUAAUGCUGAGAGUCGCUCGGGAGGACCCGUAGCGUGCAGCGGUCACGGCCGCCGGGAGCCGGGAACCACGUGGGUCCGAGCGGUCGCUGGGAUGGCGGCUCUCAGGUCCUGGGCGGCUCUGCGCCUCCUGCAAAGGUGGACAACAACAACAAAAACAACAACAACAACAAAAACAACAACAACAGCAGCAGCAGCAGCAGCAGCCUCCACCACCUUCUCCACCACCGCCACGCUCUCCGCGGAGUGGUGGCGCCGCGGUGGUGACGGCGGCCCCGCCCACACCGGCUCUGGCCCCGCCCACACCGGCUCCGGCUCCGCCCACACCGGCUCCGGCUCCGCCCACUCCGGAUCCGGCUUCGGCCCCGCCCACACCGGCUCUGGCCCCGCCCACGCCGGCUCCGGCCCCGCCCGCACCGGCUCCGGCCCCGCCCACACCGGCUCCGCCCACACCGGCUUCGGCUCCGGCUCCGCCCACUCCGGCUUCGGCCCCGCCCACUCCGGCUCCGCCCACACCGGCUUCGGCUCCGGCUCCGCCCACUCCGGCUUCGGCCCCGCCCACACCGGCUUCGGCUCCGGCUCCGCCCACUCCGGCUUGGGCUCCGCCCACCCCGGCCACCCCGGCACUGAGGAGGAGGAUGAGGAGGCUCUGCUGCAGCUGCGGCUGCACAAGCGGCGGCCGUACCGGCGCUGGGCGUCGCGGGAGCUGCGGGCGGCGCUGCGGCGGCUGCUGGGGCCCAAGUGGGGGCCCGCUGACGACAUCCUGCAGGUGGGUGCCCCCGUGCUGCGCUUGCCGGCGCGGGCGCUGCUGAGCGACGAGGUGGCGGGCGACGAGGUGGCGGGCGACGAGGUGGCGGGCCUGGUGCUACGCCUGGUGGCGGCGCUCAGGGCCAGUGACUCGAGUGGACUCAGUGCCCCGCAGAUCGGGGAGUCGGUGCAGGUGAUGGUGAUGGAGGUGACGGAGCGUCAGCUGGCUCGACAUCCGGCCUCCCGUCGCCGUGCCCACGGGAUGGUUCCCGUGCCGCUCAGCGUGUUCAUCAACCCGUCGGUGCGGCCGCUGGCCGGCUCGGCCCUCACCGUCCUGCCCGAGCGGUGCGCCAGCGUCCGCCGGUUCGCCGCCUGUGUACCGCGCCACGAUGCCGUGGUCCUCACUGGUCUGAACGAGCGUGGCGAGUCGGUGUCCGUGCAGCUGAGGGGCUUUGCGGCCCGCGUGGCCCAGCACGAGGUGGACCACCUCCAGGGAGUCCUCUACCUCGAGCGCAUGGACCCCGCCACGCUCGUGGACAUGCACUGGGAGGAGUAGCGGGCUGGGUGGGGGAGGGGCUUGCGGGGAGG